AUGCUGCCCACCGACCCGGCGGCAAUUGCUGCUGCCCAGGAAGCUGGUCGCCAGGCCACGAUCGAGAUAUGGACGCUCUUCGGCGUCGGUUUCACUGCGACGAUACUCAGGCUGUACGCGCGAGUACACGCCGUAGGAUUUAGGAACCUGCGGCCAGACGACUAUCUGGUGGUUGUCGCAUUGGUGCUGUACGCUGUCCAAUCGACGCUCGGCUACAGCGUAGGCAAUUUGGCCCAUGGCCUCGCGAACAACAUCAUGUCGGACAAGGAGCGCGCGCUGUUGGAGGUCGGCAGUCCGGAGUACGAGUUCAGGGUGAUCGGGUCCAAGAUCCAGAUCUCGGGCUGGACGGUGUAUACGUUCCUCAUCUCGAUGCUCAAGUUUUCCAUGCUCGCAUUCUACAUUCGACUUACGGAGGGCGUUGGCGGGAGCUAUCGCUUGCAAAUAUACGUCGGUUUCGGCCUCGUCGGCGGAACUUGUCUGGCAUCGCUUCUCACCAUCUUCACGGCAUGUCGGCCUUUCUACAAGUACUGGCAGAUCAAUCCAAACCCAGGCAAUGUCUGUCAGCCGGCGGUCUCGCUGCCCAUCGUCUGGGUCUCGUUCGCCGCAAACAUUAUCACUGACAUCUAUCUCAUACUAAUCCCUCUCCCCAUGCUCUGGAGGUCUACCCUGAGGACGAUCAAGAAGAUUGCAGCGAGCAUCGUGCUCGGCGCCGGCAUCUUUGUGCUCGUCUGCGCAUGUCUCAAGAGUAUCUUCGUCUUGGUGAACCCUGUCAACGGCGCACAGCUCGCAGGCGCCUGGGGUGUGCGCGAGGCCUUCGUCGCAGUGAUGGUGACCAACCUGCCCAUGAUCUUCCCGCUCAUCCGAGCAAUGCUCUCCCCCUUCUUCGGCAAGCUCUUCUCGACGCAGAGGAAGUCGUCCUACAAGUCGCCCGGGUUUCAGACCAUCGGUGGCGGUACGCCCCGCGGCGGUAACUCUUCCCACAACCGGAAUACCAGUCGUCGCCAGCCACAGAGCGACCUCACCACCAGCUUCACGCUCAACGGCAGCAACGAGCGAAUCGUCGACGACAACAACAACGUCAAGAUGCAGGACCUAAAGUCUUUUGCUUCAAUAGACCCUGAGCCAAACGACCCGCCCGCGCGCGGCAUCAUGAUCUCAAACUCAGUCGAGGUCAUGCAUGAGGACAGAGGUAGUACACACGAUGAAGAACAGCAGCGAGUGGAGCAUGUCCGUGAAGCAUGGUAG